AUGAGCAAUUCAGAUGUCGCAAAUGUCAAAAUUUGGAGAAAACCGGACAAAUGGACAGAAGCAAUACAAGAACCACACACAUCCAAGCACAAACUCGACGCUAACUGGCGUACGGAAACACUUCAAAGCAUGUAUCUGGAUGUCGCAACAGCCAAAAGAGCCAAAUCACGCCAAAAAACCACUAAUUCUACUUAUACCUCGUCCAAGCUUAAGUCUGAAGACAACAGGAUCAAAAAGAACGACCUUAAUUUGGAUCCUGUGGCCAAGCUGGCCAAAAGCCUUGCCAGCCGUGUAGAUGAACUACUGCAUAAUUCCUUGCCUUUUGAAUUGUUCUCACAGACAAAACUUGAUGAAAAAUCACUAGAAAGAGCCAGGAUGAGACUGUGGGACCAGUGGCAGAACAUUUUAUUAUCUACUAGUAGCGGUCCUGACGUCAAAAUGACUGCCAUUGCCAAUAUUGAAAUUUCCAGGGCUGCGGUAACCAUAGCUUACGCUGCAGUUAAUAGUUUACAAGCGGACUGGGAUGUUGAUCGCUAUUUGGACUGUGCUAAGGUGUCGCCAAAUCCGUUGAAUGCCAACACUCAGCAAAGACAGAAACUAGCCAAAUAUUUCAAAGCUCCUUCCUUGCCAUGGAAGGAUACUGGCUUGGUAUCUGCUGGAGAUAUUGGUACCUGA